AAGGCAGAGAGUGAGGGGGGAGAGGGGAAGUGCUGUUUGGUACAUUAAAAAGCUACUUUUCUGUUGUGAUCAGGAGAGCAGUUGCUGCUGCUGUUCACUAACUUUAUCUACGAUGCCCUUCCAAAACAGGUCCUCCAGGACACGGCAAAGUACCGUCCUUUUAGUGGGCAUCAUGGUCCUGAUACUGACAAUUGUUGCUGUGCUGGCUGCUGUGCUGCUGGCAAAUGGAACGAAAGAGACUAGCAUGCAGCUGCUACAUUGGAAAGACAGAGGGACCACUAAAAAUCUGCAAGAAGUCAUCCUUGGGAGGUGUUAUAACUACAUCACAACAGUGAACCCUGAGCUGAGAGACAAAGAUUGCCAAAAAAUAUGGGAAACAAUACAAAAGGCAUUUAUUUACAAGAACCCAUGUAAUAUUACAACAGAAGAUUAUCAGCCGUUAUUGGAUUUGGCAAAUCAUACUGUCCCCUGUAACAAGUCAUUAUUUUGGAGCAAGACAAAUGACCUUGUUCAUCGUUAUACAAAAACCAAUCACAACUUCCUCACUCUGGAGGACACUUUGCUGGGCUAUAUGGCUGACGGAGUCUCAUGGUGUGGAAAACCUUCUAGUCCAGGAAUUAACUAUGAAUCUUGUCCAAAAUGGAGUGAAUGUGAGAGCAACCCUCUUUCUGUGUACUGGAAAAUGGCAUCCAAGAUGUUUGCAGAAGGAGCAUGUGGUGUGGUUCAAGUGAUGCUCAAUGGAUCAAUAGAUGCUGGAGCAUUCAGAAAUAACAGCAUUUUUGGAAGCGUUGAGAUCUUUAACUUAGACCCAGAGAAAGUUUCUACAGUGCAGAUUUGGCUUAUGCAGAACAUCGGUGGACCUCCAAGUUUGGCCUUGGGUUGUAUGCAUCAGUGGGCUCUGAACACAUCACACUGGAAAUUAGCACCAAUCCUGGUGUUGCAUAGCAUUUAACAAUUAGCAAUGGAAUUUAUUCAGACAGGGAUAAAUUCACCUUGAAGAAGAGAAGCAGCACAGGGUCCUCCACACAACUUAAACUCUUUGGGAGGGAUAGACAGAGGGAGCUGCAGGUGGAAUGGCCAACUGCAGGAGAGGGAUCUGGAGUAGGGACCUACAUCCAUGAAUAUAUGGCCAGUCUCCCUUCUCCACUGUACACAAACAGGACCUGAUCACGUUGCUUUCCAUGGAUUUCAGUGAGCCUUAGAUCAGGCUCACUGAGGCUGUAGAGCACAGGGUCUAGAAUAGCAGCUGUGAAUGGGCAAGUUCUGCAGCCCUCAUGCCCUGCCGGUGUGUAAAAGGACUGAAUUAUUUCUCACAACACAAUUAACUCCCCAUGCAAAGACUUUUUGCAGGAAAGAGCGAUGGUCACCCAAGAAUUCUACUCAGUAAGGCCCUGAUCCAUGUGGUCAGACCCCCCCCACCACCUGGAGCUCCAUUGAUGCCACUGGACUUCACAGAGGCACUGGGGCUCCCCGGCACUGAUUAGCUGGCAGGAGUGAGGUACAUUUAACCAUAUGUAUGGUCAGACAGCAUGAGGCAGCAUAGUGUAAAAUCCACCUGUGUCUGCCAAUUGUGAACUUCACACACAUGCAGGACACAUGUAACAACCUGAGGUUUUUCU